AUGCUAUUCUUGAGAGAAAUCUAUGCAGAAGCGCGAAGGCGCAAUCUUUUCGAUCCUGGUUUGGUGAACGACGAACUCCCUUCUUGCCGGCCUUGGGAAAACUUGAUCUACCAGACCGGUGGCGAUGUUGAUGCCGAAAGCCUUCUGAACUUGUUCGAGCCAGAUGCAAGUACCUGCGCUACGCCUCGGAAUGCAAGCCCGGCACCACGACCUAGAGAGCAGGUAGGUGCAGAGACGCGCAUGCCGCCCACAAAGUGCGGAGAGCAGCGGCCUUCCGCGGCCUCCAAAGCUUCAGCCUCCACGGACGCCACGGACGCCACGGACGGCGCCGAGCGCUGA